ACCCACUAAACCAGUAGUUCUAUAAUCAACACCAACUCUCUCUCUCUAUCUCUCUCUCUCUCUCCCCUUAGAGUUCAAGAAAUCUGAGGGCUGAAAAUUUUACAGAGGAAAAAUUCCCAUUUUGAAAAAUGAGCUGCAAUGGCUGCAGAGUACUUCGAAGAGGAUGCAGUGAGGAAUGCAUUCUAAGGCCGUGUUUGGAUUGGAUUGGAAGUCCCGAUGCACAAGGCAAUGCCACCUUCUUCGUUUCCAAGUUCUUUGGCCGCAGCGAUCUCAUGGCUUUCAUUUCCGCCGCCCCGCAAAACAAAAGAACAGCUUUGUUUCAAUCUUUGCUGUUUGAGGCAUGUGGGCGGACAGUGAACCCGGUGAACGGUGCUGUAGGACUGUUAUCCACCGGAAACUGGCACGUCUGUCAGGCGGCGGUAGAAACGGUGCUCGGCGGAGGCACUCUGCAGCCAAUCGCCAUGCCACCAAACACCGGUGACGUAUCGGAAGCAUUCCGCAUGGGCGGCGCGUGGAGUAAUGCCAAAAUUGGAGCCGGCGGUAGCACUCUGAUGACGGAUGAGAAUGCAGCAUCGUUUCAGUCCGGAAUAUCGGAAUUGUUGUCGGGUUUUGGUAGAAAAGAGCCAAAACUUUUGAACCUUUUUGUGUAAUUAGGGAACUAAUUUUGGUACAAUUAACUUUUGUGGAGUCGAAUGAAAUAUGAAUCUGCAAAUGUAAUGAUGGGAGAUUUUCGUCGUACAAAAAUGUAACUCUUGUGAGUUGUAAGAGAGUACUUUUGAUUAAUCUAAAUAAAUAACCUAUUUUAAGGGAUAAA